AUGAAGUUGAAAAGAGUCUUCAGGAAGAGGAAAAACAUUGCCGAAAAGAGCCAAAAAGAGUUGUUUCACUCUUUGAAUAAAUUCCGAGAACAGGAAGCGAAUCAGUCAUGUUGUGAUUGUGCUGUCCAGAAUCCGGAAUGGGCUGUGAUUUUCAUGUCACCAACGUCGUCGUCACCGAGUACUUAUUGUAAUAGAAAGGGGGAGUCUGUUGGCAUUUUUGUGUGCUAUCAAUGUUCAGUGGCACACAAGAUGCUUGAAAUCUCUACCACUGAAAUCAAAAGCGUCUCCGUUGGAUACUGGAGUCAAAGUGAUAUCUUGGCGAUGGAGUGGGGAGGCAACCGAUGGGUUAAUUCCGUUUACGAAGCCCAACUUGUCAAGAAGAGACUGUGUCAAAAGCCAACAGAUUCAUCGGAAAUGUUGCAACGACAGGCAUUCUGCCAUCUCAAGUAUGUGAAGCGAUGGUAUUACUGCGAAGAUAUUCCUAAAGCGGUUAAUGAGGACAUGAAGGAAAAAGGUUCAUCAUUACAUGGCGUCUCGUCUGUAAAGGAAUCUCCCACCGUAACGCCGAAGAAAUGGCAGAAACCAGUGAAUACUUCCAAACUUGACGAUGAUUCUUGGUGGAAGCCACCAACGGAUGAUUCGUUCUCUACUUACACAACAGCUGCGAAUUCAAGUUUUGGCUCGAAUCACAGCAACCCUCGCAAUGAAAGCCCAGCAAAAACUAGUUCCACAUGGAUGUCGUGGGAUUCUCAGGAUGAAGCAGAAGUGCCAUCGUCAACCAAAAGGAGAACAACACGGCGCAUGUCCACUGGCGACGUUGCGUUUGUUCCCCAUGGUGAAUUAGCAAUACCUCCAUCGACAUCUUUGCCAUACUCUAAUAACAUCAGUCACGGAAGCAUUUCAGCCGGUGACAAUGAGACUACACUGACUGCAUCGUUGUGCUUUCCGGCCGACUCUUCCAAAAGAUCAUCACUCACACCGAGUAGAGCUCGACAGCAGCGGCGUUCCUCGGUCUGUUCAUCCUUUGCUGCUCCCACCAAUCCUUCUGAAUCACAUGAUCUAGGCAGGCAUGGUAAUGGCGGCUCUCCGAUCAAAAAUGGUAGUGCUAGGCCAUCGCCACAAAAGCCAAGGGCAGUACGGCGUGCAUCAAUCAAUGGCUUGGAGCUGGUUCCGAUAGAUGAAUCAGCAAUCUCCUCUACAAGAUCAUCACACACACGAAGUCGACCUCGACGACGGCGUUCCUCUAUUGGUUCACCCUUUGCUGCUCCCACCAAUCCUUCUGAGACAGAUGAUCUAGUCAGAUAUGGUUAUGGCGGCUCUUCGAGCAACAAUCACAGUGCUUGGCUUUCACCACAAAAGGCAAGGGCAGUACGGCGUGCAUCAAUCAGUGGCUCGGAGCCUAUUCCGAUGGAUGAAUUGGUCAUUUCUUCCAUAAGAUCAUCUGACACACACAGUCGAACUCGACAGCAGCGGCGUUCCUCUAUUGGCUCAUCCUUUGCUGCUCACACUGAUCCUUCCGAGGCACAUGAUUUAGACAAACAUGGAAAUGCCGGCUCUUCGAAUAAAAAUGGUAGUGCUGGGCCAUCAACACAAGAGCCAAAGCCAAGGGCAUUACGCCGUUCGUUAAUCAGUGGCAAGGAGCCGGUUAUUCCGAUGGACGAAUCACACAUUUCCUCCAUAAGAUCAUCACGCACACCAAGUCGACCUCGGCAGCAGCGGCGUUCCUCGAUUGGUUCACCCUUUGCUGCUCCCAAUAAUCGUUUUGAAACACAUGAUCUAGGCAGACAUGGCCAUGGCGGCUCUUCGAACAACAAUGGCAGUGCUAGAACUUCACCACAAAAGGCAAGGGCAGUACGCCGUUCGUCAAUCAGUGGCACGGGGCCGGUUCCGAUGGACGAAUCACCCAUUUCCUCCUUAAGAUCAUCACGCACACCCAGUCGACCUCGACGACGGCGCCAUUCCUCGAUCGGUUCAUCCUUUGCUGCUCCCGCUGCUCAAUCCGAUGCACAUGAUUUUGAAAAACAUGAUAAUCGCGGCUCUUCGAACAAAAAUGGAAGUGCUGGGCCAACGAAACAAAAGCCAAAGCCAAGGGCAGUACGGCGUGCAUCAAGCAGUGGCUCGGAGCCUGUUCCGAUGGAUGAAUUGGUCAUUUCUUCCAUAAGAUCAUCUGACACACAUAGUCGAACUCGACAGCAGCGGCGUUCCUCUAUUGGCUCAUCCUUUGCUGCUCCCACCAAUCCUUCUGAAUCCCAUGAUCUUAUCAGACAAGGACAUGUACAUGGCGGAUCUCCGAACAAAAAUGGUAGUUCUGGACCUUCACCACAAAAGGCAACGGCAGUAUGGCGUGCAUCAAUCAAUGGCUUGGAGCCUGUUCCGAUAGAUGAAUAA